AUGGGAUUCUUGUUACAAAUGUUUUUCCGAUCCUUGAUGGUUGUGGCCCUGCUCGUACAACGGGUAGACUCCAAUGAGAUCUUAGGACUGAAGAUCCCCUUUGAUCCCUUUGAUCCCAUUCUCAAUGCCAACACCGUGUGUUUGACCCUCCCUGGCCUGACCCGCCGACAACUGGAGGUGUGCAUGCGGAACCCAGAUGUCACCGCAUCCGCCAUCCAAGGCAUCCAGAUCGCCAUUCACGAAUGUCAGCACCAGUUUCGAGGACACAGAUGGAACUGUUCCAGCCUGGAGACCAGGAACAAGAUCCCAUAUGAUAGUGCGGUCUUCAGCCGAGGCUUCAGAGAGAGCGCAUUCGCGUACGCAAUCGCGGCAGCGGGGGUGGUCCACGCCGUCUCCAACGCGUGCGCCAUGGGGAAGCUGAAGGCCUGCGGCUGUGAUGAGAAGCUGCGCGGGGACGAGGAGGCCUUCAGGAUCAAGCUCAACCGCCUGCAGCUUGAGGCCUUCCACCGCGGGAAAGGCAUGGUGCACGGAGUGAUGGACCGCUUCCCGCCGGAUGCCCCCGGACCCCAGGAUUCCUGGGAGUGGGGAGGCUGCAGCCCCGAUGUGGAUUUCGGGGAGAAGUUCUCACGGGACUUCCUUGACUCCCGCGAGACGUACAAGGAUAUUCACUCCAGGAUGAGGCUCCAUAACAACAGAGUUGGCAGGCAGGUGGUGGUGGAGCACAUGAAGCGCAAGUGUAAAUGCCAUGGCGCAUCUGGGAGCUGCCAGCUGAAGACCUGCUGGCAGGUGACGCCAGAGUUCCGGGCGGUGGGUUCCCUGCUGAAGGAGCGCUUCCACAUCGCCACCCUCAUCAAGGCUCACAACAGGAACACGGGCCAGGUGGAGCAUGCCAACAGUCAUGCCAACAGCCACAGCAAUAGCCACAGUCACAGCAACAGCCACAGUCACAGCAACAGCCACAGCUACAGCCCCAUACCACACCGGCGCAGGCCAAACCUCAACGAGCUCGUCUACUUUGAGAAGUCACCCGACUUCUGCGAGAGGGAACUAGGAUCCGAUUCAGCGGGGACGCAGGGGCGGAUUUGUAAUAAGACCAGCCCCGGGAUGGACAACUGCGAAAGCCUCUGCUGCGGCCGGGGCCACAACAUCCUGCAGCAGACCCGGAGUGAACGAUGCAACUGCGAGUUUCACUGGUGCUGUUACGUCGUAUGCGAGGAGUGCAGGAUAACAGAGUGGGUCAGUGUUUGCAAAUGA